AUGGACGACCACAAAGAUUCCUACGAGUAUUACGCCACUCGGCACCACUUCAAGCAACAGGCGUCUUGUCUCAAGCAAUGUGAGCUGUUCAAGCGUUUAGACGGCUUCGAGCUCAGAGUUAUACUUAAAAUCGGACAAGAGGCUGCGGGGAGAUACGAAGAAGUUUUGGUCGAGAACGUGUACUGGAUGAAAGUAAAAGGAGUAAAUCUAGACGGUAGUUAUGCUGGUCCCAGCCCUAGUUUCGAUUAUGACAAGCCACUUUCAGAAUGGGAAGAGAAGAUUCGCACAAACAGUGUCUUUCUCUGGAAGGAAUAUCCCAAGAUCUGGGGAUCAUAG